GCUAGACAAUCUUUGCUGUAACAUUCGCUUCCUGUAAUUUAGAGUCUUCGGUGUCGAGCCUGGUGCAUUUCGCACCGAAAGAUUUGUCAAAAUGUCGUCUCUAAACAUAAUCUCUUGGACUCCAGAGGAGAUUGCAAACUGGAUAAAAGGCCUGGAUAGCUGCUUGGAGCAGUACAUUCCCAACUUCCUGGCCCACUCAGUGACCGGCGACCGGCUGCUCCAGAUGACCAUUCAGGAGCUGGAAGACAUGAACAUGGUCAAGAUGGGUCACCAAGAACUCAUGCUGGAAGCCAUUGACCUCCUUGCCACGGUGCAUUAUGGCCAUCCUACUGAGACUCUACAGUCAGUGGCCUUGAACCUGCACUGUAAGGCCAGUAACCUGGCUAACCUGCUGGAGCAGAGACUACAGUCAGGGAACCAGGCCAAGGACAAACUGUACAAUGGGCCAUCUGCCAUGCUGCUCAGGAUAUCAGAGACGAUAUCCGCUGCCAAGACUCUCAUCUCGUGGCUAGACAGACCGCCGUUUGCCAACGGACCAGAGAAGGAUUUCCAAGAGUUCAGCAAAGAUAUCCUGCAGUAUGCCCUAGAAAUGACGCAAGCCGUGCAACACCAUUCCAUUUUGACCGAGGCACUGCCCGAAAUAAAAGCCAUUGCGAGAGAGCUUGCAGCAAUGGCCGACAAUUUGAUAAAGCAGUCAACCGAUCCCCUGGUGAUUCAGCCCACGACAAUUGAAGAAGUGAAAAUCAAGAAAAAACUCCCCGAGGAGGAGUUGGGCCUCUUUAUCAAAACAUCAACAAUUGAUGGAAUUCAUUACAUAACAGGCACCAAAGAUCAGUCGGCCGCAAGCUUAAGCAGAAAAGUGGGUCAAGGAGAUGAACUGCUGAGAGUGAAUGAACAAACAGUGGUCAGCUGGGAACACAGUAAAGUGGUAGCGGCCCUCAAGCGUGACCCCAUGGGGGUAUGUCUGACCAUCCGUAAGCGCCCCUGUAAUCUAGGCUCCCCAGGCCAAGUCCUGAGGCUGGGUAACUCUACCCACACCCUGCGGUUGGGCGGCACCCCUCAGCUCAUGCGUAAAGACAGCUUCCCGUCCUUAAAGUCGCCCAUCCUCAAGGAGGAAUUCCUCAUGCCAAUGUCACCCAGUGACGUGCUGAUGACCAAGCAGAGGAGCAACAGCGAUCCGGAGACACAGGUUGAGACCCAUGAGACACAUUCAGACUCAGAGUCGCUGGUCCAAGAGGCAGAGCGAAUCAAGCGACAGCGACGAGGCACCAUGGGGGAGGCCUUACAGAGGAAAGGCAGUAAAAGCCAGACGCCAGAGGGCCGGCCAAGAUCGCUACCCAUCAACACGGAAGAAUUAGAAGCUGAAGUGGCGCUAUGGAAGGCGUCCCCUAUCUCUAGUAGGCCAGGUUUUUCACCAAUCGCAGGCAGUCCAGUCAGCCCAGCCUCUGCAAGCACUCCCCAGGCUUCCCCGUCAUCGCAAGGAGACAAGACCCCGAACCGAACCCCCAACUCCCAGGAACCACUGGCCAGCCCAGAUGGACCGGCCGAGGUCAAGAAAGUGACGAUCUCCACAACAGAGGACUCGAGCCCAUCUAAGCCUGAGAUAAACCCCUUGGGUUUGCCCCCCAUCCUGGUGAAGCCAGAGGUUGAAAUUAGCAAACCAGCAGACGAAGUCAGUUUUGAGGAUGCCAUCAGUACAGACGAGACCAAAACCUCGUCAGAACCCGACCAAAAAAAGACAGAUGAGACUGCAUCAGUUUCCCCAGAUCCUGUGUCUGAAUCCAAGACCACAAACACCAAUAACAAUGUGGACACCUCCAUGGGUGCAGAUGGCCAACAGGGGGUCUCAGCUGGAAUGUCAGGGGUCAUAACCUCUGACCUUGGGGAUUACGUCCUGAUUGAAAACAAUGACCUAACUUCACCUUCUAAAUCUGUAAGUUUCUUUGAGAGGUCCCAGUCCAUUACACCAUCACUUGCCUCAGAAGUUUCUGUGACUUCCAGUGGUGUUAGACUCCGCCCCAAGAAGACCAGGAAGAUGAAGUAUAAAGUUUCACGAGGGGUGUCGUGUGUAGACCUCGGCCCGGGGCAGUGCCAGGGUUGGCUGCACAAGAAGUCGGACACCAAGCAGACGUUCCGAUCCAACUGGGUCGAGAUGUGGUUCAUUCUCAAGGACUUUGUACUGUACUACUACAAAAACAAAACGGAUGCAAAGGCCAAAGGAGUGAUCUGCCUGCCUGGCUAUCUCAUCUCAGAAGCCCCCGAGUCAAAGAAGGAACAUGCAUUCAAGGCUACUCACAAGGGCACAAGGCCAAUCUACUUUGCUACCCAUCGUCAGGAAGACAAAGAGAAAUGGAUGGGGAAGCUUGGCCUUGCAGCCAUCAUGUUCACGGACGAGAAGAGGAUGCGGCAGUCCGUCAUCUUUGAGUCCGAGCCGUCGCUGGACGUUGGCACCAUGAUGCAAAGUGUUGAUGGUUACCAUAGUGAGAGUGAUGAUGAGGACAGAAGCGACAAGUCGGGUCCCCUGUCGCCAACCUCCAGCGACAAGUCCGAUGAGAACUCCAGCGAGGCCGGCUCACCUCAGCAUAAGCUCAAGUACCGACGAGCCCAGACAACCCCCAAUCUGCACUCCUUAGGCCACGAGUCAGGUACCCCACCCUCUCUACCCAAACUCUACAGGAAAGGCCAAAAGGAGGGUAUUGGCUCCAGUCCCAACUCCCCCAAAGGGAGUCCUAAAUUGAUGCAGCGCGUGAUGCACAAGUUUCGAAGGCACAGUCGGGGGAGUUUGGAUAUCGAAGCGGGGGACGCAACUGUCCUGCAAGGGAAAUACAACACGAGGAGGAACUCCUCCCCAUUUGAGCUCGUUUCCCCAGUUGUCCAUCCGUCAGAUGAAGCCAUGAGCCAGGCCUUACAGGACCAACUGCCCACUGUGUCAGUCACCUCCCCUGCUUCCUCCCCAGAUGCCAUUGAUGGCAGGGCGGCAGAAAAUGGCACAGCAUAUCGUGACGACGCCCUCCUGGACCACUACAUGACCCUGGUGGAGGACACCGGUUGCGUGAGUGGCUUGGAGAGAACCAUAGAGGCCCGGACAAGCAAACGAUUCAAAGAAAAAAAAGGAGCUCAGUUGACGCGGAUCCACACGAUCCUUGACAAGAACCCCGAGAAAAACAAGAAAGCAUUACAUAGACGUGCACUUCAGCGAACCUUAAAGGCCAAGCAGGAAGAGUUAAAAGAACUAGAGUCUCUCCUGGCUGAACCGUCCCUGUCAGCAUCUAGUAUCCAAGAAUGGAGGACGUCUCACAAGGACCUGCUGGAACAUGUCCUGAAGGGUCCGAAACCAUGCAGUCCCAGUGACUCGGAUUCAGAUAUGGAGGGGGAUGAGAAGGGCAGAGCUGUCAAUGGAAAUCCAAAUCGAGAAUCAGUCGGGGCUGGUGAUGGAGACGUCUUUGAAGAACCCAGCGGGAAUACAGAAACUGUGAUUGUGGCAGAAAACCAAACCUCGGCAACCACACGGACAGACUGUGGGGUCACUGCAGAAGAUUGUGCUGGUGUUGGGAAUAGGAAUGAGGAUGAAGCUGGAAAUGUGGGUAGCAGCGACUCCAGGGAAUCCUCCAAGAUGGCCUCUCCUCAGGCCAUGUCAGAGGUCAGUGGGAUGGCAGGGUCGUCACCGGUCCUUGGAGAUAACAUCAGGGUCCGUACUUUCAGUGGGUCAUCGGAAACCAGCCUCUGAAUGCUUUCAUGAAUUCCGUUGAUGGAGUUUUACAGAGUAACGACUGUGAAACUUUGAGGCAAAAAAUUCAUCAUUUCAAUUUAUGGACGUUUACACCCACACCAAUUACUGUCUGGUGGCCACUCUAGUCUGACA